AUGAGGCUAUCACAUUUGGAGCCUGUUAGCAUGCAGUCAUGCGGUGACCACGUCCCGUGGUUCUCCUCGUUUGUAGCUUAUGCACCAUCUCCCGAUCCUAAACUUCUGCUGCGCCAGCUCCUCGGCGAACUUGGGCACAACCACAGCAAGGCGACAGUGGUGUUCUGCGACAAUGUGUCCGCCUGUUACAUGAGUAACAAUCCUGUCCAUCACAAACGCACCAAGCACAUCGAGCUAGAUGUUCACUUCGUUCGGGAGAAGGUGGCCAUCGGCGAGUGCCGGGUUCUGCAAGUUCCUACGACACAGCAGUUCGCCGACGUGAUGACCAAAGGAUUGCCCACAGCAAGCUUCAACGGAUUUCGAUCCAGUCUGUGCGUCUCCGGCGACUCCGACCGCGUGGUUGCAAUCAUUCUCAUGCUUCCAUGGUAUCAGCCAUCUCCCGAUCCUAAACUUCUGCUGCGCCAGCUCCUCGGCGAACUUGGGCACAACCACAGCAAGGCGACAGUGGUGUUCUGCGACAAUGUGUCCGCCUGUUACAUGAGUAACAAUCCUGUCCAUCACAAACGCACCAAGCACAUCGAGCUAGAUGUUCACUUCGUUCGGGAGAAGGUGGCCAUCGGCGAGUGCCGGGUUCUACAAGUUCCUACGACACAGCAGUUCGCCGACGUGAUGACCAAAGGAUUGCCCACAGCAAGCUUCAACGAAUUUUGA